GUGCGUGUGUGUUUGUCUCUUACUCUGUUCGUGUUUGCCCCUCUCUCUGUUUGUCUUUUUCUCCCUGCCUGGGCAAAUCCUGCUGCUUGUGAACUAAUGAUAGCUCAGUGGCUGUGGGACUUUGAGCAGAAGUUAAUGUUUCACCGAAGGCGAUACGACCAGGAACAUUUCAAAGCAGGAUUCUCUGCAGCAAUCCAGGUGACCAUCCCAGAUCCCUUUCGGACAGCGAUCCUUUUCCAGCCUGUCAUCCUGAAAUGUCGUUAUGAUACAACCAGCCUGCAACCCCCCAUUGUCCUGUGGAAAUACAAAUCCUUCUGUCGAGACCGAAUCCUGGAUGCAUUCAAUCCCAGCAGCUCAGAGAAUCAGGUCAAUGACCAACUGCAGCAAGUGGAUCCAAAUUACAAUCCAUACGUGAACUGUCCAGAUAGCUCUCGCACAGUGAGGACAGUCGCAUCCAAACAUGGAAAAGCAGUGACCCUGGACAGUUAUUAUCAGGGUCGAAAGAUAACCAUCGUCAACGAAGCCGACCUCAGCAUUGAGCAGACAGCUUGGGGAGACAGUGGGGUUUAUUACUGUACAGUCACUGCCUCUGAUGAUCUCUCGGGUAACAAUGAAGGUUACGUGGAGCUGCUUGUCCUGGGUAGAACUGGAGUCACCACUUCCCUGUUGCCAGGUGUACAGAUAGGGAUCAUGCCAGAUUGGCUGUUUGUGGUUCUGGUGGUUCUCGGGUUUGUCAUUCUGCUGAUCCUGAUUGGUAUCUGCUGGUGCCAGUGCUGCCCUCACACUUGCUGCUGUUAUGUACGGUGUCCAUGCUGCCCAGAGAAAUGCUGCUGCCCAUUUGCAUUAUAUCACGCGGGAAAGGCAGCUACAGCGGGUAUUCCUAGUCUCUAUGCCCCGAGUACCUACGCUCCCAGUGUGUACUCCCACCAUAGUCAGGGAAAGAUACAGCCCCCGCUCCCAGUCAUGGUCCCAAUGACCCAGUUCAAUGGAGGCUAUGGAUCAGAUUUUGAUGGAGCCAGCUCAGUUGGAAACCAGAGUCGAGUUCCCCUACUCCAUGACCAGGACACUGCAAGCUCCGUGCGCAGCGGGUACAGGAUUCAGGCCAAUCAGCAUAAUGAUGACAUGCGGGUGCUGUACUACGUGGAAAAGGAACUCGCCCAUUUUGACCCCAAGUCUCCUGGUGACCCCAGCUCAAAAUAUGAGAACACUUCCGCAAUGAGCGAGGUAUCCUCCCUGCAUGAAGAUUACGACACGAGGAACAACCUACACAGCAACAUUAGCCGCGUUCGCAUGCAGGCUAUGCCCCCCAUCCGGGACAUGGAUGAGCAAAGUGUCGUGAGCAGUGUGUCCCGUCAGACACCAAGACGGUCCUAUGGUUGGCACGGCGCUGAUCGCCUAUACCAACGAGCCCGGUCGAUGGAGAGCCUCGACGACAUAGGCAGGCGGAAUCGGGAAUACCCCCGGGAUCGGCAGGAAUUCGAUCGCGGCCAAGGGAGGCGUGAGUCUGAUAGCGAGGCGUCCAGCCGUGGCUAUGCUCAGGACAGGAGACGGAGAGAUUAUUCCCCCGAGUCCCGCCAUGGAGAGUACAGGAAGCGGAGCCAUAGCCGCGAUGAUCUGAUGGAGCUGGAGCGAAGCCGGGACUGUGCCAGACGGGGCUAUGAUGAGUCCUUCCUGGACGAGGUUCUCCGCAAGAAGCGCGGCGCAGGCCGUGAUGCAGACAGCAGCAGCGGCUCAACCGCAAGAUCCCGGGCCAGGAGAGAUGAGGAUGUGCCCCAGCCACCACCAUACACCGAGACAGAGUCCAUGUCCUCCAGGGGGAGAAACGAGAAGAAGCUCAGGAAGAAUGAUGCUGUCAGCCGUGAGAGUUUGGUGGUUUAAUGGAUGGCGUUCCCAGACCAGUAGAGGGUUAACACAGGAUCAAAUUCCCUGUAACGACAGAAAACUGGAACUAACCUGCAUCAGCCUUUUUCACCUGUGGCAAAAUCCUUUGACAAUCCAAUUCUUUAUUCCUUCUCCAGACGGGUCGAAAUAGCUGUAUUUCUUUUCAAUUAUUGGUUUUGCAAAAUUUUUUUGAGAUUUAAUAGAUCCCAGAUUUCACUGGAGAAGUAUUUGAAGAUUUCUCUGAACUCCAAGCCAUUUUGCAGUCAAAAUUCUGGAAUGAUUUUCCAUCUUAACUCACUACAAUUGUGGGAGGAGGUUAAAGGAUGAGCAUUUAGAAAUUGCAAUACCUAGGGAAGUUGGGGUGGGUGAGGAUGCUCCUGCCUCAGCUCACAACUCCCCUGCCCCUAUCCCAGUUCCUUCUCCUGCCCCAGUUAUUGAGGGAUCAGGGCGAACAGUUUCUCCCUAGAUUCCCCUGAAGAUUUGACCAAAAUAUAGGGUGAGGGGGCAGUGGUACUGAGGGAGGGUAACUUUCUGUUUUUGUACAAUUAGUAUUGUUUUUUUUAAAAACUAUGUAAAUGUUUUUAGAUUUUAAACACUUGUUUUUAUACACCAUAAAUUGUUCUUGAAGUGUACUUUUUCCCCUGUGAGGAUAUCUUUUCUUGCACCAUGUCUUUGCAGUAUAUCGGACAUUCUAGUGUUUAACUUGUCUGCCGCAGUCUCGCAGAGCCUCCUGUAAACCAGGAGUUCAGAGCCGAGAUUUAAAGCCCUCAGAGAUUGCCCACGAUGCUUGUAGACGAUAGAGAAUAUGAAUCUAUAGGGGACUGAACUCAGCCCCAUUUUGGACUGUUCCUGGGAUCCUGUUAAGUGCCUCAGGCAGUUUCUCCCCUUCAAGCUCUGCUGUUCUGUAAACUGGGCAGUGUGAGUGAGUGAGCUCUGAUGGCCCAGAAAGAAUUCGUUGCAGCAAUCACCAUUUCCAGGACCUUAAAGUGGACCGUGUCUGUCUGCCUUGACCCUCUAUUGUGAACUGGUUUAUCACGUGCAGACUGUGAUGAAUCUGCUUCUGCAUUUUGCAACACCACUGCUUCAGAGAAUGCUGGGUUUUUUUUCUCUCUGAACUAUCUUUUAAAUACAAUCAGGUCCCGCAUUCUGUGUGAGAGAAGAGUUCAAUAUCUAGGACAUAUUACGUCCUAGUAGACACCACAUUAUAUUAGGAAAUUUUAUUUUAAAAUGGAAAUAGAUAGCAGUUAUUGUGAAGAUUGAUUGAAAUGAGAUCGUUGACUGUGUACAGGUUCACUGAUUUGGACAAUAAAAGCACAUUUGUAUUA